ACCAAACCAAACCACGGACACUGGGAACUUGCCUGGAACAGCCAUUCACUGCGCAGGGUGCCAAAAUGAGCUUUUACCACCAGAGCUGGAGGAUCUUACAGAUAUUCUUUGCAACAAUCACAGCGAUUCUCACACAAGAUUUGAGCAGUAAAGAGCUGACUGACAGUAAAAGCCCAGUGCCUUUUCCCGUCUUCUUGCCGGUCAACUACGAGCUGCGAGAUGCUGACUACUUCUUCCUAAAAGAGGCUGGGCAGGACUUCAUGAGGAACUCCAGCAUGCAGAGUCACACGCAGCCCUUUGUUAUCUUAAGAGCCAGCCGGCAGCCAGCUGUCAACGCCAGCUACAGCACUAUGUCCACGGAGAAGCUUGUGCCUCGAGAUCUGGUCCAGUCUGUGCAGCUUUUCAACGCUCCAGAGGUCUUUACCUUCAACUGGAAAAUCCAGGCCUUUGUGCUGACGCCUCGGGUUUUCUCAUCCAAGCCCAAAGUGCGGGUGCUCUUCUAUGUUGCGGGGAGGGACUGGGGCAGGGGGGAAGGAGCCAUGGAUGAGCUACCGUGUGUGACAGUGUAUGCUUUCUGGCAGACACAGGAGGUGAGGGGUUCCUGUGCCAUGGGAGGCGACAGAGGAACCUGCAUGGCUGAGCUGGCUCCCGCUCUUGGCUGGUUUGCUCCGGGGUCAGAGGGCACCAGCAGGGAGAGGCAGGACCCAACUACUGGGAACCCUGUGGAGCUGUACUACCAGGCGCAACCCAAAGUCAAUGGGAAGUGUAAUUCUGCGGAUGGAAGUCGUUUGGGCGGCUCGCAGCAGCAGCAGCAGCAGCAGGCAGCAGAGUAUGUUCCUGUCACGCCCAUGCAGAGGAUUGGCAGCGUGCGUCUCCUGCAGGUGCCUAAAGGAAUGGCGACGCUUUCUCGGCUCAAGCUCGGCAAUGCUAUUGUCAUACGGACGUCCUCCAAACCGCUGAAGAAGACUGAUAUCGCCACCUUCUACAUACUCAUGGCCAGCUCUGCUCAGCUGACUAACUUCACUCUCAGAGCGACGGUAAAGAAAGGUGUGACCUUUCGAACAGCGACACCCAGUAACUCUUUACUGUGGGACAUCACUCUGGAUAUGGGUGCAGAUGGAGCCAUCGCUGUCAUCUGUCAGAGGAAGGCUCCCAUACCUGGGAAAAGGCUCGACAGCAGCCUGCUGGAGGUGCUUCAGAUGGAUUUUGAGGUGGAGGAGCUGAGCAGUCCUCUCGACAGUCAGGUGAUCAUAUGGAGGCUUGAACUACCAUCGGUGUCCAGAAACGCUGCCAAGUCUGAAGGAGCCAUGAGGAUCUAUACCACUCAGAGAGACUUUGUUGGCCUGGCCCCUCUUGUAAUGGACACUGAGAUCCUGAAUACAGCCGUUCUGACUGGAAAGAAGGUGGUGAUGCCCGUGAGGACAGUAGCUGUGGAAGAAGACGGAGUGGUCACCGACGUGUCUGACUACACAGACUGUAGUUCCACAGAUGAAGAUGUGCUCAAGGUGUCGGACAGGUGCGACUAUGUUUUCGUGAAUGGCAAAGAGACGAAGGGCAAGGUGAAGUUGGUGGUGAACUUCACCUACAGCUACCUGAGUGCUCAGCUCGAACUGAGCGUGUGGAUGCCCCGACUCCCCCUUCAGGUCGAGGUGUCGGACACGGAGCUGAGCCAGAUCAAAAGCUGGAGGGUACCCAUACUAACAUCAAAAAGACCUGGCUGGAACAGCGGAGAAGACAGGAAGGGGAAGGGCUGCAUGCUCCAGUUUCAGCACGCCCUGGUGCGGGUGCUGACUCACUUCGUGGCCGAGCAGGCGGACCCUCGGGAUCCCAAGGCCUAUUUCCUGGGCUCGGAUUGGCAGGUGGACGUCACAAGGCUGGUUCGAUACUUCAUGAAGGUGGAGGACCCUCGAGUGGCGAAGCUGCAGGCAGGACGGGUGCUGUCAGGGCGAGACCUCGGGACCACCACCAUCCAGGUGUUUUCUCCACUGUCUGACGCAAUCUUGGCUAAGACAACUAUCACAGUCGUGGAUGACAAAGUGACCAUCACAGAGUUGGGGGUCCAGCUGGUGACGGGCCUCUCCAUGACUUUACAGCUCAGUACUGGAAGCAACAGGGCCAUCCUGGCUACCACGACCACACGUGAGAUUCUGCAGAGCCCCAAACAGGAAGCUUUGGUCAGCGCCUGGGUGCAGUUCAGUGACGGCAACCAGACGCCUCUUGACAUUUAUGAUCCUGCUUUCUACAGAGUGACUGUGACGUCUCUAGAUCAGGGGGUGGUGUCGGUGCAGGGCACUCCUCCCGUCGUGGUGGCGGAGGGUGAAGGCGAGGGAGUCCUGGUCAGAGUAGAGAUGUCCAUCUGCGAGUCCUGCCAGAAGUCCAAACGCAAAAGCACAGUGGCCGUGGGCAACGGCAGCCUCAAGGUCAAGUUCCAAGUGAACGGUCGGCGCCCAGGCGGCAACACCGGCAGCACCGACAGCAGCGCUAAGGACAACGGCAGCGACUACGGGAACGACGGGGAAGAGACGGACAGCGAGAGGAAGCAGAGAAAGCCGUCCCAGGAUCCUCCGCCGCGCAGCUCCCCCUCAGAUCGAGAGGAGAGCGCCAUGCAGAAGAUCACAACCACGAUCAAGUCUACAGAACGAACCUUCAUCACCAGCGGCAGCCUCGGAGGAGUGGGUAAGACCGGCAAUUCAGGAAACAGCGGCAGUCCUACCAGCGUGGUGAACAUCAGCAUGAUGAACAGCCCCAGUGACGGCAGCAAAGCAUACGGCUCAGACAACAUGAUAGUGGAGGAUAUGAGCAGCGUUAGCUUCACCAGCACUGUGAAGGCCCCCGGGAACCUGGUGAACUACAACAACUUCCCCACCAAGGUGGAGGCACCUGGGCAGGAGACGGCAGAGGUAGAAAUCGGCGGUGAAGAAAUGUUGGCCAACAGGCCGCUCACAGACUUGGAGAUCGGCAUGUACGCUCUGCUGGGCGUCUUUUGCCUGGCCAUCUUGGUUUUUCUGGUUAACUGCAUCUCGUAUGUUGUUAAGUUCAGGCACAAGAAGCCUCCCUCUCACGGCCAGGAGCCCACAGGGCACCGGCACGACUGGGUGUGGCUCGGCACGGACGCCGAGCUGGUGAUGAGCGUGCCGGGCAGCCCUGUCCAGCAAGACUCCCAGACCACAACCACCGUCAUAGACAUUGGGCCCGAUAAGACGUCCUCUCUGUCCAGAAGGCCCAGCUGCCUGGCUUCCGUCACAGACUCGCCCGUCAGCUGCGUGGGCUCCCUCAGGAGGAAACCUAUGCACACCGAGUCCCUCCACUCGCCCACCAGCAAGAGAAAGAGAGUCCAGUUCACCACCUUCUCCACUCUGGAGCGCCAGCAUUCGCCACAUCUCCCGCCCAGGGAGAACGGCCACGGCAUCCACUGGGUCGGGAAGGAGGACAGCUGUGAGGAGGAACCCCAAGUGCCCAUUACAGAGCCUAGGGACCAGUUAUAAUCCAGAACCUGAUCAGACCUCACAUGUACAGUAGAUGUGGCUUUGAUCACCUCAAUGCCUUUGUGAACUCCAAUAACUGUCUAGAAUAUGUGAUUUUGGAAUUGCCCUCCUCUACAUUUCAUUACCUAUCAAGGCCUUUUACAUGUACAUGUACUGUAUAUUAUUGUUAAUACUGGAGUGCGGAUGCGUGUUAGAUGAUUGACCAGAUGGACACACAAUGUUU